AUGUCCCGUCAACAGCGUGGUGGGAUAAACUUGCAUAGGAACUUACUAGUUGCGAGUGUGUUGCAUAAAGCUCGGACAACGUAUAUGAUGGAUAACUUCCAGACUUUACUGGCCAACAAACGGGCCCAGGCGGAGAGGGAAGCAGCCGCUAAAAUGAUCGUAGAAACCCCGGUGGCGAAAUCACAAGACACGACGUGCAGCGAAUCAAUGGAAAAAUCGUUUCAAACGCGUGGGGUCAUUGAAUACAAUAAACCUGCCGCGGAUGGGGCACCCAACGGGGGCCAGACGGAAAUCCGAAAUAAAGCCAAAAUGGACAAAGAAAAUAUUGUUCCGACUUAUGUAAACAAGGAGGAUAUGAAUAAUAAUACACCUUGUGAUAAAUCUGAAGAUCUCGAACAGAAAUCCUGCUCCAGAGACUUGACCAAUUCCACUCCGAUGGUUUUUGGUAAACAGCCAUUGUCAGCCAAUAACGGUUCUACUAAUUACGUCAGCCAAUUACCGUCGUGCAGGUGCGUAGGGAACAAAAGGCAACGAUCGGUCGUGAGUGAAUGUGAGUCAGCUACGGAGCCAAAGAAGCCUCGUUAUGAUGAUGAGGAUAGUAAAUAUUGUGACUCAGAGAGCGAGUAUGAGAGUGACUCAGGUGAACAUCAAAGAAUGCAGACUGAUUCAACACAGGUGACAAGUUUGGUGGACAUUUUCAGCACGGGAUUUAACGGUUUGUGUAAAGACAAUGAGCUCAAGCAGCCCUCGGGACAGAUUAACGUGUACGUGAGUGCGGACCGCCCGGUGUCUGGACACCAGUAUGUGUUGACGGACAUGAGCUGUGGGACCCAGUUAAAGGACAGUGUAGCCAUACCCACUGGCAUCGCGCUAGCUGUUUGA